AAAAGAAUAAGAAAAUGGGUCCCACGAUCUCUCAACUUCCCCUCCCGCCACCAUUCGGUCCACGCCUAUUAGCGUUUACAUAGUCUCCGAUAUUCAUCUUCUUCUUCUUCUUCUUCUUCCCCUCAAACCUGUUGACUCCGUCUCUGAUCUUGAAAAGAUGGCUCGGAGGCGGUGGGAGGGGUCGGAUAAUGUCGGCUCGGCUAAUUCUUCACCUGCGAUGUCUCCUUCUCAUCGUAUGACCAACGACGGAGGAGGAGGAAUCUCUGGCAGAAGCACGCUCCGGAAGCAAAACGCCGCCGAGCUACUCGCUAAAGUCAUGGAGCAGCGAGACUACGACUAUGAUUACGACGACGAAGACGAAGAUCUCUACCAGGUGCAUCUUCCGCCUCUCUCUCGGGAUCGAAGACGAGACGAUAAACGAAUCGGCAAGGGAACCGUCAGAGGUAAACCGGCUCCGGCGAAGAGACCGGUCUUAAUCCCGCCUAAGUUUGACGACGACGAAUCCGACGGUGAUGAACCGGUGAAGAUUCCUCAAAAGAACGUUAGAGUGUCGGCGGUUAGACCCGUACUACUCCCGCCCAAAUUUGACGAUGAAUCCGACGGUGACGAAGUCGCAGCCGAUUUGCCACGGAAUCAAGUGAAGAUUCCUGAAGAGAAUGCUAGUGUUCAGAAAGAAGCUCCGGCGGUGAAACCGAUCGCAUUAUCUCCGCCUAAGUUUGACGAUGAACUCGACGGAGACGAGAUCACAGCCAAUGUGGUCAAGAAUCAAGCGGAGGAGAUUCCUCAAAAGAACGCUAGUCCUGCACUCAGGGUUAGAGUUCCGGGGUAUUCGCGUCGGAAUCCAAUGGAGGAUUCUGAGCAGAACGCAGACAGGAAAGUCAAUGUUCAGUUUGACGUGCCGCCGGCAAAACAAUCGGAGGCUCAGUUAAAGUAUAAGAAAAGUUUCAGGUUUAGCUCUGCAGACAUUUUAGCACCGAAUCAGGAAGAAGAUGAUCGAGAAGCUUCGGCCUUACGUGAUGAACUAGAUAUGCUUCAAGAAGAAAAUGAUAAUAUACUGUAUAAGCUUCAACGAGCUGGAGAAAAACGCGAAGCAGCAGAAGCAAGGGCUAGGGAGCUAGAGAGACAGAUUGCUUCUCUAGGUGAAGGUGCAAAUUUUGACGUCAAACUCUUGAAGAGGAAAGAAGCAGCGUUGCGUCAAAGAGAGGCAGCAUUAAGGGCUGCUGAACAGAAAAGAGAUGGAAGACACAAGGAAACUGAUGCCUUUUGUGCAGAACUUCAGAGCUUGAAAGAGGAAACGGAGAAGGCCGUGGAACAGCUCCAGGAUGCUCAAGCUGAAACAAAGUCUCUUCGGACAAUGAUACAUAGAACGAUUUUGACUCAUGAAGAAAUGGAGGAAGUUGUUUUAAAGAGAUGCUGGCUUGCUCGCUACUGGGAACUAGCUGUUCAACACGGAAUUUAUAAGGAUAUAGCUCCAUCAAGACAUGAACAUUGGUCAGCUUUAGCUCCUCUUCCCUUUGAAGUUGUCAUUUCCGCGGCCCAAAAGCCUGAAGAUUCCUGGCAGACAGAUGGUAGCGAUCGCACUUGGAACAAAGUCGUUAGUAAAUUCAGUGAUGCAAAUGGAGAAGGGAACAUAGAGAGUAUGCUUGCCGUUGAAACGGGUCUACGUGAGAUAGCAUCCUUGAAGGUUGAGGAUGCUAUAAUGCUUGUAUUUGCCGGGUUCAGACAAAAACAUGUGGUCCGACAAUCCGACACUGAUCCCAGGGUGCAAGGGGAGCCUAAGUUUGCUGAAGCAUUUGAGUUGAGUCACGAUGAGAAACAGGAUAUUCUCUUUAAAGAGGCAUGGCUGAUGUACUACUGGAAAAGAGCUAAAAUUCACAGCGUGGAGAGUGAUAUCGCGGAAGACCGUCUUAAGUUCUGGAUCAGCCGUAUCGCAGAACAGCCAACAUCACAUGAUGCAGUUGAUGUGGAACGAGGUAUGAGGGAGCUAAGGAAACUUGGAAUAGAACAACAAUUGUGGGAAGCAUCUCGCGCACAACUCACCGACUCCACUUUUCCUCUUUCCGUUUCUGACUACUGUGACGAGUGACGAGUGACGAGUGACGAGUGACGACCGGCUCUAAUGUCCUCUCUGCAAAUUAUGACACACAUACACAUACACACACACACAUAUACACACAAAGAUUAUCGUCAUCAUUAACAUCUGAUCACUGUUCCAAAGUGUAUAUGCUUUGCUUUCAGACUUGUUCCUCUUGUUGGGGCUAUCUUGAGCUUCAUGUUGUUACUUGUAUAACACUCUUCAUUAUCAUUCCUUACCCAAAAUCUAAUAAAAAUAUGGUUUGGUUU